UGAACAACAACAUCUGUAGGAACAACUAAUACAUUUUUGUCAGUCUUGUUUUUGUUAAACCUAUCAGUCAUAACGUCAGUUAGACAUCAAUUAGUACGUCAUUCAAUGAUACAGAAUUGUCAAUUGAUCAUCUUGCUGCUGUGGGUGGAAUUAUCAAUUAAAUAAAUUUAAAAAAAUAUUUUACUGACACAAUCACAAAAUUCAUAAAAGUUCUUGUCUAAAUUUUAAGUUUCUUGUUAUAUCUGUUUAUUAAAGUAAAUAAAACACCAGAAUAAGUGGAAUUACAGUCAACCCUAAAUUCUUAGAAUAUAUUUCACGUAAUACUGUAAAAAUGAAAAAAGGAUAUGGAAUAAUUCCUAGUUCUAAAACACGGGUACGUUGCUUGUUUUGCGGAGUGCACAUACCCAAAGCUAACAGAUGCAUCGAUCAACACACAAACGGAGCAAAACAUAAAGAAAAUGUAAUGCUGAAAAUGGAAAAUGGGCUUGACAUACUGAACGAGAAUCUAUAUUGUAAACCAUGCAACCAAGUCGUAGAUGAAGACGGUUCCGUCGCCGAUCAUAUCGAUACGGAGAGUCAUUGUAACUGGCGCGCUGCAAUGGAAGAUCUAACUGAAGGUGAGUUUAUUAAGCUAGAAUCCUAUUUAUCGUCAGAGAGAGAUGAUGUACGUUGUGACGCAUGCAGUGUUGACUUGAGUAGUAGUCUACAUGUCAUUGAAAAGCACGUCAACAGCGUAAAGCACAGAAAUAGGGUUGUGGAACGAUUGAAACCAUUAAACGGAAUUUUCUCUAUUGAAAAUGAUGAUGAGGUGUUUUGCAAAAUAUGCAAUAUUUACAUAGAGAAUACAAUCGGUUCUGUUCUACAACAUAUUGAUGAUGAUGAAGAACAUGUGGUCUGGUUGGCAGAAAUUGAUGAUCUCAUUGACGGUCAAGAUGUGAGUAUAGACCGGUAUCUAGCAAAUGAAUAUGAAAUAAAUGCAUUCUGUAAAAAAUGCGAAAUGGAUAUACUAUGUGAUGCUCAAAAUAUUGAGAGCCACGUACACAGUGAAGAUCAUCUCAAUAGAUUUGUGUAAUAUGGUUAAUAUUUACUUUUAGAUACCACCAUUACAUUUCCCUAAUAUUCUGUAUUCUAUAUUGUAUAAGUAUAGGGCUAUGUACUUUUCCAAAUAAUUGUUUUAAGUAGGUAUUUCUUUCAAAUGGCUUUAAUUUUUUAUGUGAUUCCUUAAAUUUUGUUGAAGAAUUCUUUUAGUUAUAUUUACAAUUAAUUUAAUGUUCCACAAUAUCUGUACAACAACCAUGAUUCAUGGACCAUAAUAUCAUGUUUUAGCAGAAUACAAUAAUUCAUCCAAAUAACUUCUGAGAUUAUUUAAUAAUAAUAUCUACAGAAAAGUAACUGUUGGUUAGAUUAGGUUGGUUGUUUUAUAUAGCAAAAUAUAUAUUCAAUGUACAGGAUGUAAACUCUAUGGUGUCAUUAUAUCUCUUUACCCAUUAAGGCAUUAAGUAAUUUUUUUUUUCACUGCCUUUUCAGAUUUGAAUAAGAUAAAAAUAUUGAUUAAUUUCUAGAGUGUCUAUAGUACUGAUGUAUCACUUUCAUUAGAAGUAGCCAGGCAUGGAAAUUAUUGUAUUGAUCUUAUUGUGAUAUAUUGUAAAACUAAUAUAUUUAUAAUAUGCAAGUUAUUGUUACAUAAUAGAUUUAUGUAAGGAACAAUGAUUGUUAUUUAUAAACAUUAUUCACUACAUAGACAAAUUAAAUCAUUUUUCCAACCCAUAUUGUUGGUAUAGAAUUUCAAGUGUAAGUAAAUAAUAAUUAAAAAUGUCA